AGGAGAGGAUAUAUUAUAUAAACACGAGAGGGAAACAGAGAGGUGUCUUGAAAUCGUAUUAUCUUCGAUGGGAAACCCUAAUUCCCCGAUUGGAGAAACAACUUCCGUGCAAUCGCCUAAUUUGUCGAUUGGGGAAACAGCAUCCGAUUUGGAUUUGUGUGGCAAACGAAAAAGAGGUAAUGAGAUUCAGGAAACCGAUGGCGCCAUAGCAAAAGAGGCAAAGGCAAAGGAAUCGCGGCAGGUAUCGGAAUUCACAGAUUUCGGUGACCUAGUGCGUUUUUUCAAAAGUAAGAUGAUCUUCGAAAAGGAAGAUUUCGAUUUUUUGAGAGAUUAUUGCGACAGUGAUUUUGAUGAUGAUGACGUAUUAGAGGAGAAGAAACAAAGUGUUCCCUUCGACAAGGGGCCCGUUCUCAAAUACAUCAGCCAAGUCCGCAAUAGCGGUGGUUUUGAUGUGGAUGUGAAGCUCCCUCGUUGGCUGGAUCUGGGCUGGUUUUUCAUCCACCUUCCUCUGUGUGAUCCUGAACAUCAUGAUUAUGUGUGUGAGCGAACAAAGCUUGCAAUUGAUGAAAUCAAUAUUGACAUGAAAAGCAAAACUUUUGAGCUUGUGAAAAUUGUCAAUGCUGUAAUGACGCGGUCCGCCGAAUCUCUGAUGCUUUUGACUCUGGCUGUGAAAAAAGUUGUGGCAGCUGAAGAAGAUACUACUGAUGCUAUCACUAUUCAAGCAAUUGUCCAUGAUCCCUUUUAUGCCCCUUGGGAGCUUAAGGAGUGGAGGGUUAAACCAUAGCUCAAGGUUUGAUUGCUCCAGUUCUUCUACUAUGUUAUAUAGUCAUGUUUUAACAAGUUCUUGCUACUUCUACUACUCUGUUUAUGUUUUCCAUCUACGUAACAUAUUUAAUGUUUGAACAAUUCUACUUAUUAUCAGUAUUUGAGCUCA